AGGAACACGAACGCUACUUUCAGACUCAGUCCACUUGUUUUAUUGCCAUGAAUGCGCAACCACAUAUUGGUCACAUUUCACCCCCUAUCUCCACCGGACUGUUUGAUUUUUGACAUCUAUGGCAAUUAUGUCGUUGAUUUUUCUACUGAUGCUCAUCAACAGUUUGGAGAGUUUGUCUGGAGCGGAAACUGAAACGCGUGCGCUUCUAACACAGUGUUUCACCUUUCACACGGCCGACGUGAGGUUCGAGAAGGCCCGUAGGAGCUGUGAGGAGGAUGGAGGUUAUCUGAUGACACUCAGAGACAGAGGAGAGGAGGAUGCUCUGCGGGCCCUGGUGUCACAGAUCCAAACGGGUCAAGAAGAGCCUCUGAAACUGUGGAUCGGACUGAAACUCCACAGAGGGGAAUGCGUAAUAGCCGACGCGGCGCUCAGGGGUUUUAAGUGGAUAUCUGGUGAGGAGGACUCUUUGUACUCCAACUGGGGGAAAGACCCUGCGGACACAUGCACCGAGCGAUGUGUGAGUGUCACUUACACUUCAACAGGUGAUAAUUUGUUAAAAUGGGUCGAUGGGAGCUGUAAAAGUAACGCGUCUUGCUGUAAGUUUUAUUUCAAAGGGAUGUGCAAAGCGCUGGCGCUGUCUGGACACGGACAAAUCACGUACACUCCACCAUUCUCACGAGAGCCACAAAGAAAUGGGAUGAAAUUAUUUCCACUGGGGACAUAUGCUUUAAUAUCAUGCGGUAAUGAAGAGCCGCAUUACUCUUUGUGCAUGAACAUAGACGGAGCCUAUCGCUGGAAUAAACCUGGUCCAUUUUGCAGCGCAGGAAAACAAAACUGCGCCAUCAGCAACGGAGGAUGUGAACAUGUGUGCCGACAGGACGCGGAUGAGGUCAGCUGUUUGUGCAAAGAUGAUUACGAUCUGGAUGAGGACGGAUUUUCCUGCACCAUAAGGAACGCGUGCAGCCGUGACACCUGUGAGCAUCUGUGCGUAAUAACGGAGUCGGGUUAUUCCUGCAGGUGUCCGCACGGAUUCAAACUGGACACGAACCAACGCACCUGCUCUGACAUCGACGAGUGUCAGUCACAGGUGUGUGGAAAUAGCGCAUGCGUAAAUACAGAGGGCAGUUACAGGUGCGCAUGUGCAGAAGGCUAUGAAAUGACCGCAGGUAAAUGCAGUGAUGUGGAUGAGUGCGCGCGCUCAAGAUGCCAGCACUUUUGCAUGAACAGUAUCGGAUCUUUUUCCUGUUACUGUCACGAGGGUUUCACGUUAUCUGAGAAUGGUCACUCGUGUGUAGAUAUAAACGAAUGCAGUAGUAAUCCCUGUCAAUAUAAAUGCGUCAAUACUGAUGGAAGCUUCCGGUGCAAGUGUCCGCGCGGGUUUUAUCUUAACGGAACGGCUUGCUCUCCGCGCGUGACACCAGCUGUUUCGUCACGUGAUCCAGAGGACAUUCAAGAAAACUUUACCGAGUCUUUAAGCGGAUCCACAGUGGAGCUCCAACACCAGUCUCCUCACACUGACGCACCUCUGUCAGACCUGGUGAACGUGACGCACGGGGACCAUCACAGAAACAUCUCCAUGGCAACAGGCCUCAGCAUCCCAGUCAACUCCAGGGUUAUAAUCUGUGUUCUUGGUUCAGUCAUUCCCCUGCUCAUUUUGUUGGGGGUGACUUUGGCUAUUGCAAUGUUUCGCUGCAGUCAAUCCAAAAAAGAAGCCAAGAAAAACCUGACCACUGACGGCUACUGCUGGGUGUCCUCUGGUCUGGAUCCACGACUGGAAAAACUGUACGACUCCAUCCUAACAGACGACCUUUGACAUGAUAGUCAUAUAUUAGACUUUCUAAAUGACAUAUUCUUUAUUUAUGUAAUUUAUGCUGUAAUUUGACUUUCCCUGAUGAUAAACACAGACUGUAAUAAGUAUUAUCUCCCACUGGUCUCAAAACAUGCUGAUUCCACUGGUCAACAGCAAAUUUAUUGUUUAAGUUUUUUGAGCUGAUUUAGGAUCAUUUGGUGUGCUGAAUCCAAAAUCCCAUUAGUUUUGCUCAAUCAGGUCAACUUUCUGAACUA